GAGGGAGGUAAUGGGUUGUAACACGUGAUGCUGUGAGUUGCGCUUCAUAAAUAUGCAGAAGCAUUAGAUUAUCACAGAGAAAGAUAGGAGGGAGCGGCAGCGCCCGGAUUUCAGAGGUGCCUGGCAACAGUCACAUCACUAACUUCACAUCACAAAGGCAAGAACACUGUACUAGAACCAGAGAAAGAGCGUGGACUAAAUUCAACACAAAAGGUUUACUCAGAACAGUUUACAUCAACGACUGGACUUCAGCAAGACGAUCGUCCAACUGCAAGAAUUCAUCCACUAACAAACUAUACGAAGGCUUCCUUAAGCCCUCCCAAGUGCUUUCCCACUGCUUUCCUACUACACAUCUAAGACAGGAGCCAUGAAGUCAGUCCUGGAUGGUAUAGCGGAUACCACGUUUCGGACAAUAACGACAGGACUGGAAUACCUUGGUUCCAAUGACGUCCAUUAUGAUGACUCCAGUGUUGAUGUGGACUUCACCGAGGGGGGCCACUCUUCACAAAAACUGCCUUUCUCUGCAUUCAAAAGCGGCUCAUUACAUGGGAAGGCAUCAGUAGAAGAGUAUCUCUUUUUAAAAGGCAUUCCGUUCUACCCCACAAACAUUACCGAUCUGUACACAAACAGAACUACCCCCAGCUACAGGGACGAGGAAGGCACUAUACAAUGUGGGGAGAACUUUGUGGACAUGGAGUGUUUUAUGAUCCUGACUCCCAGUCAGCAGUUGGCGGUCGCUGUCCUGGCACUGAUCCUGGGGACGUUCACAGUUCUUGAGAACUUAGUGGUGCUGUGUGUGAUCCUGCACUCUCGCAGCCUCAGAAACAGACCAUCUUACCACUUCAUAGGAAGCCUGGCAGUGGCUGACCUGCUGGGCAGUGUCAUAUUCGUUUACAGUUUUGUUGACUUCCAUGUUUUCCAUCGUAAGGACAGCCCCAAUGUGUUCCUGUUCAAGCUGGGAGGAGUUACCGCCUCCUUCACAGCCUCGGUGGGGAGCCUCUUCCUCACUGCUAUUGACAGGUACAUCUCCAUACACAAGCCAAUGGCUUACAAACGCAUUGUGACCAAGACAAAGGCAGUCAUUGCCUUUUGCAUGAUGUGGAUCAUCUCAAUCAUCAUAGCGGUCCUCCCUCUGCUGGGUUGGAACUGCAAGAAACUGAACUCUGUUUGCUCGGACAUCUUCCCGCUGAUCGAUGAGAAUUACUUGAUGUUCUGGAUCGGAGUCACCAGUGUUUUACUGAUGUUCAUCAUUUAUGCUUACGUGUACAUUCUGUGGAAGGCGCAUUCCCAUGCAGUUCGGAUGGUGAGCCGCGGGACUCAGAAAAGCGUGAUUGUGCAUUCCUCGGAUGGCACCACAGUGCUGCUUACGAGGCCAGAUCAAACACGAAUGGACAUCAGGUUAGCAAAGACGCUGGUCCUCAUUCUAGUGGUUCUCAUCAUCUGCUGGGGCCCAGUCUUGGGUAUCAUGGUGUAUGAUCUCUUCUGGAAGAUGAAUGACUUUACCAAGACCAUAUUUGCCUUCUGCAGCAUGCUAUGUCUGAUGAACUCAACGGUUAACCCCAUCAUCUAUGCCCUUAGAAGCAAAGAUCUUAGGCACGCUUUCCAGACCACGUUCCAGUUCUGUAAAGGGACGACCCAGCCCCUUGAUAAUAGUGUGGAGUCCGAUUGCCAGAACAAGCACGCAAACAAUACUGGCAGUGCCAACAAAGCUGCAGAGAACUGCGUCAGGAGCACUGUGAAAAUUGCCAAAGUGACCAUGUCUGUCUCUACAGAGACAUCUGCUGAAGCUGUCUGAACUGCCUUGUCGGGAUGUUAAUGGACUAAGCUCUGACAUGUCCCAUACAGCACUUACUGUUAAAUGUUUCACACAAGUAAAACCCUCAUAACCUACAGAUUGCAUAUGGACUGUUAUGUGAGCCAGUGCAGUGUGAAAACACAACAAUGCUUCUACCUGUUGUUCAGCUAAAGCUUAAUUGUAUGACUUUGUGACUGUCGUUUAUAACAAAAAGGAUCAAACAUGUAAAUAAAGGGUUAAAGAUGGGCUCAAUCCCUAACGUCAUUAAAUUGGAUAAAACAAAGUUAUACUUUAAUUUGAUCCUAUUUGCCAGCAUGUAUCAACUUAAAUAACAACAUAUGGUGACUGAAUUCAGGUCUGAAGAAUGUAUAUCUUUAACUUUGUAACUGUGGGACAAAGGGGCUAUAGUGGUCUUUACAUAGAUUAUAUAGCAAACAUGUUGCUAUGUAUAUUUCAAUUAAAUAUUUUUUGUAAAUACUCAACUUACAGCAAUGCUUACAGGAUACAGAAUAUAAAACCAGUUUUACUUGGGUUGUUGUCAUGUAAUUUUACUCAGUCUUGCUUUAUAAAAAUUGGAUGUCAUUGUUCUUUAAUGCCUUGGUUGUGAAUACAGCAUUAACAUGACAUAGCCUGACAGUUUACGUGUUAACCCUAUGCUGCAUUGCAUGCAGUAGAGUGGAUAUUGAAUAUUAUUGGUACGUGUAUUUACAUUAAGAUGUGCUUGAAUUAUUUUCAUGUUCAUCAUCAAAUGAUGUUUUACUUUCAGUGUAUGUGUACUUGUGUCCAGUGGUCGGAUGGUCCAGUUGGAUUCUAGUUUGAUGUUUUGCUGGCUUUGUUUCACACCAUGCGGCAUAGGCGUAGUUUUGUACUGACAGGUACUUAUCACACACAAAACUGCAGUGCUGAAAUCAGAAACCAUUCUAUUACACAAAACUGCAGUGCUGAAAUCAGAAACCAUUCUAUUACACAAAACUGCAGUGCUGAAAUCAGAAACCAUUCUAUUACACAAAACUGCAGUGCUGAAAUCAGAAACCAUUCUAUUACACAAAACUGCAGUGCUGAAAUCAGAAACCAUUCUAUUACACAAAACUGCAGUGCUGAAAUCAGAAACCAUUCUAUUACACAAAACGCAGCCCUUCUUGGUGGGCUUGCCCUGUUUUGUAAGACUUCCAGGUAGUUGAGUGCAUGUGUUCUAUCCAUCUCAGCUUGCUAUCAAGACAGCCCUUCCUUCUAAACUCAAAUGAUCUUUUCAGGCAACUUUCUUUCAAUGCUGACAAAGAAAGUACAGUAUCUCUCUAACAUUAUUUGAGGGAUGAGUAAAAAAAAAAAAAAGAUAGAAAAUCUGUUGUGUUUUGCAGAGUUAACAUAUUGAAGUCUUUUGGCAGGGCCAGAUCAAAAGCUACUUCCUUUGUCACAUAGAAGCAUUAUGCCUCAGAGUUUCGAAGAGACACAAAGUAUCACAUUCUAGGGACUUUGAGAACACUCUUCAAAGGUGGGAUUUAAUAAUGUCAGAUCUUCUACACAGCCCUAAUGUAUAUCUGAUGGAUGCCAUACUCUGGAGAAAUUACUUGGCACAUUACAACACGCAGACAUAAUGCAAACCCGAGUAACACUUCUGUAGUAAAAUCAUGUGUGAAAACAGAAUGAGGAGUUUCUUUAGUUUUACACACCUUUUAUAAUUAGGUGUUUAAGGUUAUGCUUGAAUUAUUUUUGCACAUUUAUUAAAAGUGUUGGCCUUCCCCCAAUCCAUCUCUGCAGUAUUAUGUAAAUCACCGUGAAAAACUGUUUUAGAAAAUUUACAUCACAAAUGAAUAGUAUUAAACAGGCAUGUCAGGAGGCUAAUGAGCAGUUAAGAGUGUACCUACAGAGAUGAUGAAUCUGGGUAAAAUCCCCUGAAUUGGACCAACCCAGACUAUUAUCACUAGAUUAGUUUUAAUAGCUCAUAGUGAAUACACCAUGCUAGUGUGCUGGUCACACCAAUGUACUAUACUCUAAAAAACACAUUUAUUAAUGUUUAAGCUUAAAGUUAAUUUCAGUGUUUUGUUCUUUGGCUGUACAGUAUUUUCAGUGAAAAUUACCAGGUUAACAUGCAUACCGUUUGGUCAUUCAAUAUUUUAUUAUUGUGUUGCGGUAAUGUACAGUAAAGUAUUUAAUAACAAAAAAAAAAAGUUUCAUUUGAUUAAAAAUGUAUUUUAUUUACUCUUUUUAAGGCACAAAUGUUUUAGGGUAAAGGGAAAGUGAGAAAACAAAAUACAGUAUUAAUGCAUUAUAGGAUGCUUGGGUGUCUGGGCCUUGGAAUAGUCAAGGUUCAUACACUGCAUUACUAGUGCUUGAAACUUCAGUUUGAACUGUAUAUAUUUAAUGGUUCGUUCAAUGGACAUUUUAGAUGACCUGAAUAACUAGGUUUGAACUUCUUGGUCUGUGUUCAGUUCAGUGUGACUCACAAUUGUAUUGGUCUGCUUUUCAACCACUUUUUCUACGCUCCUGUUAUGUCUUAAGUCUUCAGCUAGGAUUCAGUUGUGAAGUGGCUUCUGUAUUAAUGCUGCAUGUAAAGAAUUAGUCAGAAACAAAUUAUGUUCCAGGCCAUUGGCCAGAGGUGUUUGACAUAUAUAAAAUGUAGUCUGUAACUCUACCUGUUAAUAAAGUCGCUCCUGUUAAACAUC